AUGGCGCCCUCAGCAGAUACCAGCUUCGCAGGGCAUGUCGCCACCCAGUUCUCUGCAUACGAGAAGGACCGUGGUGUGGCCUCCAAAGACGCCCUUUAUGCGACUUCCAACGGGGCCCCAGUGCCUCACCCAUACGAGGCUCAAAGAGUCGGCGAGAACGGCCCUUUGUUGCUGCAGGAUUUCCAUCUCAUCGACCUUCUCUCACACUUCGACCGAGAGAGGAUUCCCGAACGGGUCGUCCACGCAAAGGGCAGCGGAGCCCAUGGAUUCUUUGAGUGCACCAACCCCAUACCCGGCAUAACCGCGGCGGACAUCUUCUCCGAGAAGGGCAAGAAAUGUCCAGUCACGGUGCGCUUCUCAACAGUCGGUGGAGAGUCCGGCUCGCACGACUGUGCCCGUGAUCCUCGAGGCUUCUCCGUCAAGUUCCGAACGGAAGACGGUAACUGGGACGUGGUUGCGAACAACACCCCAGUCUUCUUUCUACGCGACCCGGCAAAGUUCCCACACUUCAUCCACACACAGAAGCGAGACCCUUCAACCCACCUGACCCAUGCAGACGAUUCGACCAUGUUCUGGGACUACCUCUGCAACAACCCAGAGUCAAUCCACCAGGUAAUGGUGCUCAUGGGUGAUCGUGGAAUCCCCGAUGGCUACCGCUUUAUGCAUGGAUACCUGGGGCAUACCGUCAAGCUUGUCCCCAAGGACGGCCAGUGGGUUUACAGCCAGAUCCAUUUCAAGUCUCAGCAAGGAGUCAAGUUUAUCACUCAGAAAGAUUCAGCGUCCAAGUCCCCAGACUAUAGCCAGAAAGAUCUCUACGAGGCUAUUCAAAAUGGUGACUUCCCCAAGUGGUCUGUCGAAAUCCAGACAAUGACACCCAGGGAGGCCGAGGAGCUUUGGGAGAAGCAGAAGAUCAACGUUUUCGACUUGACGCACGUCUGGCCACAGAAGCAGUUCCCUCUCACCAGGAUUGGGGAGUUCACGCUGAACGAGAACGCCGUCAAUUACUUCGCAGAGGUUGAGCAGGUUGCGUUCAGCCCAGCCCACAUGCCACCAGGCAUCGAGCCCAGCGCCGAUCCAGUCCUCCAGAGCAGGCUGUUCUCGUACCCCGACACACACCGCCACCGCAUCGGCGUCAACUACCAGCAGCUGCCAGUCAACGCCCCGAGGACAGGAUACAAGUUCGGCAACUUCCAGCGGGACGGCCAGAUGGCCUUCUUCAACCAGGGUGCCCGGCCUAACUACCUGUCCUCCAUCGACCCGAUCAAGUUCCGCGCCCGGACGGUCGACCUGGACAAGACGCACAGCCACUUCACGGGCGAGGCCAUCGCCUUCCUGUCGGAGGUCCGGCCCGAGGACUUUGUCGCCCCCCGCGCGCUGUGGCAGAAGGUCUUCGACGAGCCUGCGCGCGAGCGCUUCAUCUCCAACGUCGCGGGGAAGAUGGAGGUCUGCAAAGAGAAGGAGUUUAUCAAGCGCCAGAUCGCCAUCUUCCGCGAGGUCGACCCGGAUAUUGCCGCGCGCCUGGAGAAGGCCACGGGCGUCAAGGGGCAUGAUGGUAUCGCGGGCCUCAGCUUUAAUGGCACGCACAACGGUAUGGCUUCCGACAAGAAGAAUAGGUAUGCGAACAGCAUUGAUGUCAGCAAGGGCGGGAGCGUGACUGCGAACAAUGGUGCGCCUGUCUCUGGUACGCAUAGGGUGGAGAAUGGUUCCAACGGUCACUAA